AUGUCGUCUGUAGAGGGGUUUGACCUUAAUAUUGAACCAGCAGAUGUUAGUUUCGCGGAUGAUCCUGUUACUGUUUAUUUGAUCAAUGUGUCGCAAGAUGAUCCUAUUGCUAUGUCUCAAGAUGAUCCUGUUGCCAUACCUCCUGUCCCUACUCUAGCAAGUUCAUCAAUGCCUGUAGAAUCUGAUGGUCUCACAGUGCCAACAGCUCAAACUGCUACAGAUGGGGGUGAUGUAGAGGAUGGUAUUGAGGUUCUAUCAACAACGCAAGAGCCCUAUGUUGGCAUGCCAUUUAGCACCCCGCAAGAUGCUAGGGUUUACUAUAAUAGGUAUGCUAGACACGCUGGUUUUUCCAUCAGAAUUGACACCUCCCGUGAAUCCAAAAAGGACAAUGACAAGAGGAAAGUUAUUUUUGUAUGCCAAAAAGCUGGUGUCAAUAAGAAGCAAAAACUUGAUGAGGAAGGACCGAUAACUGAGAAGAAGAUAGUGAGGCAAAGCCGCAGAGAUUAUGUUGAUAGGACUCGCUGUCCUGCACGCAUGAUUGUGAGAAAAACAGCCCCAUCUCAAUGGGAGGUCAUUCACUUUGAGCGGGAGCACAAUCAUGAGUGUGUGAAGAAGUUCUCUCUUACAAAGUACAUGAAGUCUCAUAGAGAGAUACCCGCUGAAGAGAAGGAGUUCAUAAAGUUUCUUCAUGGGUGUUGCAUAACAACUACGCGCGCUUACCAGAUAAUGGUUGAGUUGUAUGGUGGUAUUGAAAACUGUCCAUACACGGAAGGUGAUGCAAAAAAUUUGAGAGUGGAGUACCAUGCUGAGUAUCGAGGAAAGGACAUGAAAGCAACCCUUGAUCACUUUGAGGAACUGAAGAACGAGGAUCCUGAUUUCAUUUACAGUUAUACCCUUGAUGAAUUUGAUAGGGUUGAGAAUCUAUUUUGGGUUGAUGGUGCAGCAAGGAAGUCAUAUGAGCUCUAUGAGUUUGAAUUCAAAUGGCAAGCUAUGCUGGAUAAACAUGAGAUCAAUGAUGAUGAAAGGUUCAAGCAUUUGUAUGAAAUGAGAAAUUGCUGGGUUCCGGCUUACUUCAUGAACAACUUCUUCCCCUUUCUGCAAACAACAGCACGGAGUGAAGGAUUCAAUGCUGUCCUGAAGCGAUAUGUGAACCCAAUGAAUUCAAUACUAAACUUUGUUCACCAGUACAAGAAAAUACAGGAUAGAAUAUUCGGCAAACAAACAAUGCAUGAGGCUAAUACAACUGUCAAGGUUCCGCACUACUUGACUGGCCACCCCAUGGAAAGACAAAUGAAGCAAAUGUUUCAGAGGGACGGGGUUCUUUGCUGCCAUAUACUAAAGGUGUUUGAUGCACUUGCUGUCCGUGAGGUGCCAUGUCAUUACAUUUUGCCUAGGUGGUCUGCUGAAAAGGCGAAUGAUGGUGACAAUGUGGAAGUUGCUGGUGAGAAGCUGCAUGCCACGCAAAUUUCAAACCUGGGGAGGCAUGCUGUCCAUUACCAUACAAUUUUCUCCAACUUUGCUCAGUUUGUAAGACCUUUCAUGGUUGAGGAUGAAAGUCACAACAUAGUUUUGAAACAUGUCGCUGCGAUGCAAGCUGAACUUAAUGCACGCAAAAAUGGAGGGGGUGGCGAGUUCUGCUUCACAAGUGCAGUCCAAUGUCGCGCAGGCUGGAAGCGUGGUUGGUGGAAGCCGGCGUGGCGGUAA